GAAAACAAAAAAGUCUUCAAUGAAGGAAGAUUCCUACGAACAUGCAUUCCCCUCUAUAAAACUCUAGCAGCACAGAGGGAACCUUCAGCAAAGCAAGCAAUGGAGAAAGGAGAUGUGAAGUUAUUCGGGAUAUGGUCAAGCCCGUUUGUGCUCAUAGUCAAAUGGGCACUGAGAAUUAAGGGAGUCGAAUAUGAAUACAUAGAAGAGGAUCUCUCCAACAAAAGCAAUUUGCUCUUGGAAUACAAUCCUGUGCAUAAGAAGGUGCCAGUGAUGGUGCACAAUGGAAAACCAAUAGCUGAAUCAGCUGUCAUCCUUGAAUACAUAGAAGAAACUUGGAAGAACAAUCCCAUCUUGCCUGAUGAUCCUUAUGAGAGAGCCAUGGCCCGCUUCUGGUGUAAAUUUGUAGUGGACAAGUUGUCACCUCCAAUUUGGCGUCUUUUUAUAUCACAAGGGAAAGAGCAAGAGGAAGCAUAUGCAUUAGCAAUUGAGAACCUGAAAAUAUUGGAACAAGAGCUUCAAGGAAAGAUGUUUUUCUGUGGAGAAACAAUUGGACUUGCAGAUAUAUCAAUUGGUCCACUUGCUUAUGUUAUGCCAAUCUAUGAGGAGAUCACCAAGCUGAAAAUGGUUGAUGCAGAGCGAUUUCCAUUACUUUGUGCAUGGAUGGAAGCUUUCUUAAAUUCUCCAGUCGUCAAAGACAGCUUGCCACCUGGAGAGAAGUUGCUUCUCAAGUAUCGAGCACUUCGCGAAUCCUUCUUAGCAAAAGGGAAUAAAUGAACACAGAUGGCCAUUGUCUCCAACUUGAUUUUGACUCCAUUUUAUGUAUCAGAGUAGACACUUCAAAGCUAGUAGCUAUUAUACUGUGAAUGAAAUGAAUGCAGUAAUAAGACAUAGAUUUACUGUCCAAACCUUUGUGAAUCCAAUUUUUUUGGUUAAA